ACCCAUUUACCGCCUUUGACCCGAAUCUCCUAAACAUCAAUCAAGUCAUCAUCAAUACGUGUGCCCUUCACCGUUACACACGUGGCCCUCGACUAUUCGCUCAGACCAGUAAUCGCGUACCAGCACCGGCAAAUUUCACGAAUUUUCGCCACGUAAACCCUAAGAUAUUUCGAGCCAAGAGAAAAAAGAUAAUUUCGGAUAACACACGUGUCGCCUAGCGCUUUACCCACUUCGAGAUGCUUACGUGUCCAUGUCCUCGAUUCGAUAAAUAUCGUCGUGGUGGCUGUCAGCCAGUCACGGCGUCACACGUGCCCCCGUUUCUUGCGCAGGCAGUUAAUCAUGGAGUCCUGGUCUCACACGUGUCCCACGAAAAAAUGGAAUGUUUCUGGAGAUGGCCUCGUUAUAACACAGACGGAACCCCGGCCGAGCGCUAUCCAUACCCGACGAAAAAUGAGCAGUCAACGCCGGAGGGUUGACCAGGCCGGAGAUUCUUCAUCCUCCGACGCGGAAAACCCGGGGAUUCUCGACGAGAGGUUGCUUUUCCUUGUGUUUGGUUCGAUGAGGUGGGAUAUUCACGCGCUGUGCCAGACGGCGUCGGUGAACACGAAACUGCGAGCCCUAGCGAAGCGGCUGCUAUGGCGGGAGCUCUGCGUGUACCGCGCGCCGCGGAUGAUAGCGUCAUUGACGAACGGCGCGCCGAACGGGCGGAUCGGCGGGGGGUGGCAAGCGAUGGCGAAGCUGCUGUUUUACUGCUGCGGGUGCCAGUCGAGCCGGCAUUUCGGGCUGGGCCGGCCGUCGCCGGGGCACUUCGCGAGGGAGACUCGGUUCUCGAAGACGUCGGGGCGGAGCUUUUUGGUGAGCAAGUGUAGAGGCGAUGUUCUGUACGUGAGCGACCCGUGCGAACACCCGUCGGGGGACCGAGAGGACGAUUUGGGGAUCUACAGAGGGGUAUUUGGGGGAUUCAUGAAGUCGAGAACUAGGGCGUGUCUGAUCCGAAGACAGGUAGGGCUUGAAGAGCGAGUGAAGUGCCCUUACUGCGGCGCCAGAGUGUGGAGCAUGACGGCGGCGCGUCUUAUCCCUAAGAGCGCCGCUCGCCGCCUCGGCUCGCUCGACGGCGGGUCGGAAUACUUCGUGUGUGUCAACGGCCACUUACACGGUGCUUGUUGGCUGGUGCCUCUGUCGGACGACGACGGCGGCGGCGAAGAAGACGAAGAGGGCGGCGCCGAUGACGGAGACGAAGAAGAGGACGCGAUUGAUCGGAAUGCGGGUAAUCCAAUUGCAAAUGGAUCUCACUAAAAACUACCGGAUAAUGUAAUGUUGUGUUAUGGAAUUGACCCUUUGUUAAUACAAGAAUUCAGUUUUUGUU